AUGCCCCCUAUAAAGCUCCUCCCCAACGACACCAUCAACAGCAACAACAGCACAUCAACAUCCAGUUUCACGACCUCCAUCUCGACCAACUCCCUCACCUCGAAGCUUGACACUAGCAUCAAUAAUCACAGUCAUCACAGUAAUAACGCACUCACCCGGCGCCCAACACUAACCAGUCUGACACGAUGGGUAUCCAGGAAGAUGUCUCGACAGAGGCUGCCCAAUCAUGCUGGGGAACUUAAUGAGGGGAGAAGUCUGUCUGAGGAAGAGGGGGAGGAGGAGGGGGGCAGAACGACGGAGGAUGAUUAUGCGGCUUGGUGUUGGGCGUUUAGUGAGGGGAGGACCGGGGGCGGCGGUUCUCAUUCUCAUGGGAAUCCUCAGGGAAAUACUCAUGGUUAUGAGUAUAGAUAUGAUGACCCUGAGUAUGGUUAUGGGUCUUAUGGUGAACAUGAUUCUGGACAUGGACAUGGACCCGUGCAUGGUCAUGGAUCAGGACAUGAGCAUGGUCCUGAUCAUGGACAGAAGAAGUAUGACGAGAAUCUAUUCUCCGAUUUCGAUCACCAAGACCCCCCAAAUCAUGAAUUCGGGGGACCACGUUCUGGGAGGCACGAGGGGGAGGAGAGCUAUGGCCAUCCAUACGCAGAUCGGGGUGGGGAACCGGGCAAGACCACGAACACGAGGGGGACGUACACGUUUCUCCAGAACCAAGAGGAUCGACUGGGACGAUACGAGAGCUCGGAAAGUGUUCCGGCCGACCAGCUGUUGCGAUUUACGCCGAUCGGACACUAUGGGUAUAGCCCCUUGACGGCGGGGCGAUCUGUCUCGCCGCCACGUCGUAUCCUGACCCCGGCCCGGUAUGCGGAGACGAAUCGGCUGGAGAAGGAGAAGAGUGACGAGUUGAAGCAGAAGCAGAAGGCGCAGAGAGGUUUCUGGGGACCGGUGCGAGCACUCUGGGUUUCGUUGCGGCGGUCUCGGUGA